ACGUGAGCAGUGCCAACGAGUGGAAGUAGAGAUAGAUUAUCCGCGAUACCGAUACGUUCCAAUUCGAUCCGCAGAGUGUUACCCACAGAAUUGAGCAGAACAGAAUAGAAUCGAACAAAACAUAUCAUGUCGAUAAGAAAGAGCUUGUUUAGCUGCCUGAUGGUGGCUCUAGUGAUGGCGACGAUGCUCCGCUCCGUACGGGCGGACAUCGAGACAAACGAAGUGAACGAUCAAGAUGUGUACAUGCUUCAGGGAGUACGGGUGUAUCCGAAUGACCGCCAGUGCGUGCUGGUUGGAGGACUGUGCGUGAAGACCAGCGACUGUACGGAGCCAACCAACAACAAGGGACUGUGCCCCACCAGCGUCCACCAUGGUGUGGAAUGCUGCUACGAACUUCGACCCAAACCCGAGUCUACUCCAAAUUUAAACAAAUAAAGAUACCCGAUUCUACCACUAAUUCGAUCCGUAAUUGGUAUUACUUGCUGUGUCCAUACCUCGCCACUAAUCCACUCAUUCUGUACUACAACCACCCUCAACCAUCCUCAAACCAUCCCGUUGCCCGUUGCAGUGCCGGUCCGACCAGCGCCCUGUGCGGAACACCUGGGAAUGUGCAUGGAUCGAUGCCACCAGAGGCUCU